GUCAGCCAGGACUUCAAUUUACUUUCCCUCAACCGCAGCAAGAUGUGCCACCACCACCCGUCACUACCCCCAUAGCACCCCCAGAGCAGACACUGCCCCCCUUUGGGCAGCCAGCUGCCGAGACUUUAGUCCCUGCAGUACCCCAGGUAGAUUUUGUCUCCCCACCACGACCCAACACAGGAACUGAGGGACGCACCAUCUCUCUCAGAGCCAAUCACUUUCAAGUCCGAGUACCUAAAGGCAUCAUCCAUCAUUAUGAAGUGAACAUCUCACCUGAUAAAUGUCCUCGCAGGGUCAACAGAGAAAUUAUAGACACAAUGGUGGCUGCCUACCAGCAGAAGAUCUUCCAGGGUCAGAAGCCAGUGUUUGAUGGAAGGAAGAAUCUCUACAGCCGGGAAGCUCUGCCCAUUGGCUUAGAGAAGGUGGAGUUGGAAGUGACCUUGCCAGGUGAAGGCCGUGACCGUGUCUUCAAGGUUGCAAUCAGAUUUGUCGGCCAGGUUAGCCUGUUUGCUCUUGAGGAAGCUCUGGAAGGCCGCACACGCCAGAUCCCCAUGGACGCCAUCCAGGCUCUGGAUGUAGUGAUGAGACACCUGCCCAGCAAAAAUUACACACCUGUUGGGCGGUCAUUUUUCUCACCUCCAGAGGGCUAUGAUCAUCCACUAGGAGGAGGUAGAGAGGUCUGGUUUGGUUUUCAUCAGUCUGUGCGGCCUUCACAUUGGAAAAUGAUGUUGAACAUUGAUGUAUCUGCCACUGCCUUCUACAAAGAGCAACCUGUCAUAGAGUUUAUGUGUGAGGUGCUCGACUUGCCUGACAUUGGAGAGCAGAAGCGACCCCUGGCUGACUCUCAGAGGGUGAAGUUUACAAAAGAAAUCAAAGGUCUAAAAGUUGAAAUCACACACUGUGGCACCAUGAGACGCAAAUAUAGAGUAUGCAAUGUCACACGACGUCCUGCUCAAACACAAUCAUUCCCUCUUCAGAUGCAAUCUGGUCAAACUAUAGAAUGUACUGUAGCCCGCUACUUCAUGGAACGUUAUAAAAUGAAAUUACAACAUCCACAUUUACCAUGUUUACAAGUAGGUCAAGAACAGAAGCACACAUAUCUUCCACUUGAGGUAUGCAAUAUCGUAGGAGGCCAGCGAUGUAUCAAGAAACUGACAGACUUGCAGACGUCCACCAUGAUCAAGGCCACAGCGAGGUCAGCACCGGACAGAGAAAAGGAAAUUAAUAACCUGAUUCGUAAAGCAAAUUUCAAUGCGGAUCCCUACCUGCAGACCUUCGGCAUUACUAUUCAAACACAAAUGAUGGACGUCACAGGCAGGGUGUUAACUGCUCCAAAAUUGCAAUAUGGUGGUAAGACAAAAGCUCAGGCGGUGCCGAACCAGGGUGUCUGGGAUAUGCGAGGGAAGCAGUUUUAUCAAGGCAUUGAAAUUCGAGUCUGGGCCAUUGCUUGCUUUGCUCCGCAGCGGACAGUCCGUGAAGAUGCCCUUAGGAACUUUACACAAAACCUUCAGCGGAUCUCCAACGAUGCAGGCAUGCCUAUCAUGGGGCAGCCAUGUUUCUGCAAGUACGCUACAGGACCCGACCAAGUGGAGCCCAUGUUUAGAUAUUUGAAGAACACCUACCAAGGCCUGCAACUCAUUGUGGUUGUGCUACCUGGCAAGACACCAGUUUAUGCGGAAGUGAAGAGGGUUGGCGACAUAUGUUUUGGCUUGGCCACCCAGUGUGUGCAGGCCAAGAACGUGAACAAAACCACACCACAGACUCUGUCCAACCUUUGCCUUAAGAUCAACGUCAAGCUGGGAGGAGUCAAUAGCAUUUUGUUGCCUAGUAUCAGACCUCACGUGUUCCGUGAACCAAUCAUAUUUCUUGGUGCUGAUGUAACUCACCCGCCUGCAGGCGACACCCUUAAGCCUUCUAUAGCUGCUGUUGUAGGUAGUAUGGAUGCCCACCCUAGUCGUUAUUCUGCCACUGUUCGAGUCCAAGAACACCGGCAAGAAAUCAUCCGAGACCUGGCCACGAUGGUGAAGGAGUUGCUGAUUCAAUUCUAUCGAGCCACCAGGUUCAAGCCCACAAGAAUAAUCUUCUAUCGUGAUGGUGUUAGCGAAGGUCAAUUCAACACGGUGCUCAGCCAUGAGUUAAGGGCAGUGCGAGAAGCCUGCAUGAAGCUUGAGGUGGACUACCAGCCUGGUAUCACAUUCAUCGUUGUCCAGAAGAGGCAUCACACUCGUCUCUUCUGUGCCGACCGCCGAGACCAAACAGGGAAAAGUGGAAACAUUCCCGCUGGAACCACCGUAGACCAAGGCAUCACACACCCCACAGAGUUUGACUUCUAUCUCUGCUCCCAUGCCGGCAUUCAGGGCACCAGCCGCCCAUCUCAUUACCAUGUAUUAUGGGAUGAUAACAGAUUCAAUGCCGAUGAACUUCAAAUCCUCACAUAUCAACUGUGCCAUACGUAUGUACGCUGUACACGCUCUGUAUCGAUUCCAGCUCCUGCCUACUACGCACAUCUCGUAGCCUUCAGGGCACGCUAUCACUUGGUGGAGAAGGAGCACGACAGUGAUGACCUUUUUUCCAGUGGUGAAGGCAGCCGUCACUCAGACACCAGCGAAGACCGUAACCCAUUGUACCUGGCUAGAGCUGUUACUGUUCAUCCGGACACCUGCAGAGUCAUGUAUUUUGCCUAG